AUGGCGACGGGGCUUGUAGUUGCCGGCAGCGGAGUCCUCCGCUCCCCGACUACACCAGCAAGACCUACCGCCUCAAGCAAAGAAACCCAAGCUUGGCUGGAAGCUCGCCUCUUUCCCGACACUGUCGAUCACUGAGCGGGUGGUGCGCUCGAGUUGCCCGUGGAUCAGACGGAGAGGCCCUUGGCCAAGAGCUACCCGGGCCGGUGAGCGUUGGCUGUAGCUCUAUGAGAGGAGGUGAGAGUGAGGUGAAGAGGGGGUGAAGGAUUCGAUGGACCACGCUCUAGACCGUCGGUCUGCGACUGUCAAGAUGCGAGGAGGCUCUUCUCUUCCCCCUUCGAGGCUCACUUGCAGAUGUCGACUCACGGUUAACGAGACCCAGCGGAUGGGUCGGCUCCAGUGCCUGCGGUCGUGGGUUGCUAAUAAGCGCGGAGACGAAGGCGGCCGGGGGUGGAUGAGCGGCACAGGCAAUAUUGACGCUUUUUGCCCAGCUCUUUCGAUGCUUCUGAUACGCUCAACACGAUGUAUGUACGGAUUCGAAAUAGACAGUAUAUGCAAUGCGGAUUGAAUGUGGAUUGCAUGGUUCGUUGGAAGUCCGAGAAAAAUGACGAACGGACUUGUCGAGCCUCCAUGUUGACGUCCUCCUCCCAUGUUUCUCCACCCCCUCCCCCGGCGUCCGCCGCAUCGCUGAGAACAGCGGACGAGCCGCUGCUGCUUUUGUCUGCCCUCGAUGAGCGGGAAUCGGGAUCUACUAGAUUUCGAGGGUGAGACGCCAGAUGAAAAUAAGCCGUACUGCUUAUCUGUGGAAAUUGAUGUCUCUGAUG